AGCAAAGACCUGCCGAUGUUAGUUAUGCUGUUGUGUAUAAGUAACGACUAUUCUGGUACUACAGCUAAUUUUAGGCAAUAAAUGUAAACAUGGACGAGUUAAUUCCCACCAUUAAUAAGUUGCAAGACGUUUUCAAUGUUUUGCGUGAGGAUCCUAUAGGUCUUCCACAAAUUGCCGUCAUUGGAUCCCAAAGUAGUGGAAAAAGCAGCGUACUUGAAAGUUUUGUAGGUAGAGAUUUUUUGCCUCGCGGCACAGGGAUUGUUACCCGCCGGCCUCUUGUUUUGCAGCUAGUCAAUCUACCAAAAGUUUCUUCAGAUAUUUGUAAGUCUGGAAUUGAAUGGGGGGAAUUUCUACAUCUUCCUGCGGAAAAGUUUUAUGAUUUUCUAAAAAUUCGGGAAGAAAUAGAAAAAGAAACAGAAAGAUUAACAGGGAAAAAUAAAGGGAUCAGUUCUAAACCGAUUCAUUUAAAAAUAUGUAGCGAGAAUGUAUUAAAUUUAACUCUAGUCGACUUGCCUGGAAUCACCAAAAUUCCCGUCGGGGAUCAACCCGAAAAUAUUGAACAACAAGUUGUUGAACUUGUCUUAUCUUAUAUAAAAAAAGAAAAUGUUAUUAUUUUGGCAGUCACCGCAGCGAAUACCGAUAUCGCUAAUUCGGACGCUCUUAAAUUAGCAAAAAAAGUGGACCCAGACGGAAGUCGAACAAUCGGCGUUUGCACUAAAUUAGAUUUAAUGGAUGCUGGAACGGAUGCGCUGGACAUUUUGACUGGCCGAGUUGUUACAGUGAAGCUCGGGUUUAUCGGCGUAGUUAAUCGCUCUCAGAAGGAUAUAAAUGAUCGUGUUUCUAUGAAAGAAGCUAAAGAAAAAGAAAAGCAAUAUUUUUACUCCCAUCCUAUAUAUUCUGCUAUAGCAGAUUGUUCGGGAACAGUUUUCUUGGCCAAAACUCUCAACAAAAUUCUUCUUCAACAUAUUAAAAAAUGUUUACCAGAAAUCAAAAAAAGUUUACACAUGCAAAUCCAAGUAACACAAAAUAAACUAAAUUUAUACGGCGAUCCAUUGCUUGAGCGCGUCGAUAAAGGCGGUCUUCUUCUUCAACUUUUGUCAAAAUUUGCUUUUGAUUAUUGUUCUCUGAUUGACGGCACCUCCAAGGAUCUAUCCACUUCUGAAUUAAACGGAGGAGCGAGAAUCUCGUUUAUUUUUCAUGAAAUGUUUGGUCAAGCGCUGGAAAAUCUCGAUGCUUUGGAGGAACUUUCUUUUAACGAAAUCAGUACAGCCCUUAGGAACGCCACGGGCGCUAGAAAAGCCUUGUUUGUUCCGGAAAUCUGCUUCGAAUUAUUAGUAAAACGGCAAAUUCAGCGCCUAUUGGCACCCUCUCUGCGCUGCUGCGAAUUGGUUUAUGAAGAGCUGCAGGCUAUAUGCGAACAAUGCAUGACUGAAGAAAUAAAACGAUUUGAGUACUUAUCCCAACAAUUAAGCGAGUCCGUUUGUUCGCUGCUUCGGGUUCGAUUAGAGCCCACCAGUAAACUUAUAGAGAAUCUGAUGGGAAUGGAACUUGCAUACAUUAACACCAACCAUCCGAAUUUUGUUUUUGUGGUUUCUCAGUUGUUUAGUAAAUUUCAAUCUAACGAAUCGCAAUCUCCAGUAAAUGAAUCUUUUUCUUCCAAUAAAUCAAAAUCGCAAAACUUAGACAACACUUCUAAAGAAAAAGAAAAAAACCGAUUAAUCCCUUCCACUUUCUCCUAUGAACAACCUUUGCUAUUGGAUCCUCUUCCAUCCGAUAAUACCAAUAAGCAACAAAUUUGCGGACUUCGAAAUGACACUAAUAAAACUACGCAAACUUUAUCUGAGAGGGAAAGCUUAUCAAAGGAUUCUUCUUUAAAUCCACCAGUGAGGACACCAAAGACUAAAGGCACCAAAGUCGACAGAAGGGGCUGGUUUAAUUCUUUUUUUGGGAAAAACCAAAGCUGUGAAGAGUUUCACGCAUCUAAAGAUAAUGGCAACUAUAAAGCGUCUCUUAACAUAACCAAUCGGCAACAGGUGGAAACGGAAAUAAUAAAAACUCUUAUCUACUCGUAUUUUGAUAUUGUUCGGAAGAAUAUACAAGACAGCGUGCCUAAAGCCAUAAUGUUCCUCCUCGUUAAUAAUAUUAAAGAAAACAUUCAGUCUCAUUUGAUAUCGACUCUCUAUCAUCCUUCCAAAUUUGACUCACUCAUGCGGGAAAACUCCGCAAUUGCUGAAAAGAGAAGAGAAUUGAAUUUUUUAUUAGAAGCCUUACAACGAGCUUCUAGAAUUAUUAAUAAAGUUUAACGUAUUAUUA